AUGGAUAUUGUACCUGUAAACACUCCAGCCCCCGAGUUUGUCAACCCCUCCUGGAUGGCGGGCCUCCCGGACUGCUGCCUGCUAUCCGAGGUCACAAUGCCCGGCACCCAUAACACCAUGGCCAUCUACGGCGGCGCCUUGGUUGAGUGCCAGUCCUGGAGCCUGGCGUCGCAGCUCCGGGCCGGUGUGCGCUUCCUGGACGUGCGUGUGCGCCACAUGCGCGGCAACCUCACCAUCCACCACGGCGUGUCUUACCAGCGGGCACACUUCGGCGACGUGCUGGAGGGCGUGGCCGACUUCCUAAGUGAGUACCCCAGUGAGAUGGUGCUGAUGCGGCUCAAGGAGGAGUUCAGUGAGACCAUUGACAUCUACGGGGCGGUGGUCAGCUACAUCCACCUCUACGCCGACUGGGACCUGCUGUGGCACGGUCGGCUCAUGCCCACUGUGGGACAGGCCAGAGGGAAGCUCAUUGUCCUCCAGGACUUUGGCGGACCUGACCUCGGAAUGCGCUACGGCUCCCUGGACAUCGCAGACGACUGGAAGGUCCCCACCCUCCUGCAUGUGGCUGAGAAAUGGCAAAGUGUACACGAACAUCUGGAAGCUGCCCCUGUGGGCAACAAGGCCCAUAUCUUCACCUAUGGCAGCGGAGCGGGCAUCUUUGCCUACCCCAACACCAUCGCCCAGCGAAUCAACGCCCGCCUGUACGACUACCUGACGGCACAGAUAGGGUAGAACAGGCGCUUCGGAAUCAUCGCCAUGGACUUCCCCGCCGCUCCCCUCCUUCAAAUGAUCAUCAACUUCAACUAA